CGUUCUUUUCGGUACGAGUACCUACGGAGUCAAAAAGAAUAAUCCUUUUGCGAGUGGUGUCAUUCUCAAAAAUACAGACUACGGAACUAAAAGUAGGGUACGUUGUACAGGACAUCGUCAUUCAAUCCCAUUACAACUUGACCAUUCACACCACACGACAUCCUCGCACUUCACUGAACAAAAACAAACAAAAACAAGCACCUACACCAACAGAAACACAAACAAAAAUGUCUUUCUCGUCCCGCAGACGAAACUACUUCCUYACUCCUCAUCGGAGAGAUGGACUAAUCGAAUGGUGUGUCGUUCGUCGUCGUCUUUUUUUGCUGUGUUGUCGAAUAAUUUUUUGUGAAGGCUUGGUCGUGGAAUCAAUGAAAAGAAGAUAGRUUCGAUUCAGUAAAAUCCAGUUCUUACCCUUGCUAUGUUUUGUGUCAUAACAUAUACUUUAUCGUUGCGAUUCGGUUGGGUUGGGUUGGGUUGGGUUGGAUUGGGUUGGAUUGGAUUGGGUUGGAUUGGAUUGGAUUUUGAAUCGAAUCAUAUUGAAUUGAAUUAAAUUGAAUUGCACACCAUUCGCCGUUCCAGGAUGAAAAGCAUGCUCAUGCACUCCUUCGUUUUGGAUGCCCUGGCCACGACAGGCGCAGAUACUUUUUCGCAUUUUGAAGAAUUGAUCAAUGAGCACCGCAAAAUGUGCCUCGCGAACGGCGACAACAACUGSAAUAGCAGCAGCAGCGAUCACGAGCCGAAGCAAUCCCGAUUGAAACGAUUGGUACCCACCGUGGGGGUCUUUCACACUCCMCUUCCCCUCCGRAGAGCCUACGAGGCCUACAACGCCAAGUACAAACUGGACAGGAGGCGCCAUCUGGCCAUUAGUUUCAACGAGAUUCGGCACAUCCUGAACCUUGCGCAGGUCAUGGCCUUUUCSGAAGCGAUGGAACCAGCAGGGCACRGAUCCCUGUCGACGGCGUCGGGMAAMAACGCCGGGCGUUGUAUUUUUUCCCGAAAUCCACUGGAUUCGCCUGCAUUUACGCCACUCAACGGAAAAGAAAUGGGAGCGAUGCCCCCGUUGAGUUUGGAUGCUCCCGCAGAAACACCGACGAKGACGGUGACAGCAUCAAAACAAACCACGGACGAUUCUUCCAGCGACGRCAGCAGUGAUUCGGGACCCUUCCGYGGACCCUCCAUGAUCACCUUUGAUGGUGACCAGACCCUGUACAGCGACGGGGCUAACUUUGAAUCGAACCCGAAACUGGCCACGUAUCUGUACCUCCUACUCCGAAACGGCGUCACAGUAGCGGUGGUCACAGCCGCCGGAUACGAGUACCAGACUGCAAAAUAUGAGAUGCGGCUGAGCGGACUCYUACAGUUUUUCAGGCAAAAAAAGCCCCUCCUCACUGAAGAGCAGCUGAAUCGGUUCUAUCUGUUUGGUGGUGAGUGCAACUACUUGCUGCGAUUGGGAAGCGACUACGGCCUCCACCCCGUCAGGGAGCACGGGGCCGGUGGGUGGAUGACGGCCACCAAGUACCUCGGAUUGGAUUCCCCCGCCAACUGGCCCCAGGAGGACGUGACCCGCCUCCUCGACCUGGCCGAGGAAUCCCUAAGGGGCUCCAUGCUUGACCAGAACCUUCAGUCGCGGGGCCGGUUUCUCCGCAAAAAGMGGUCGGUCGGCAUGGUUCCGAUCGGGGGAGRCGCCGCGCCGAUUCCCCGGGAGGCCCUCGACGAGACCGUCCUGCGGGCCCAGGACCACYUGGACCGGCACAACCUAAGGGGAAAYAGCCGGGCAUCCACCAUUCCCUACUGCGCCUUCAACGGGGGUCGCGACGUCUGGGUCGACGUGGGCAACAAGCGGGUGGGCGUCCAGAUUCUCCAGUCCUAUCUGGGGGUCCCGGCCGCCGAGACGCUGCACAUUGGCGAUCAGUUCCUAAACACUGGGAACGACUACGCGGCCAGGCAGACCUGUCCGUGCAUCUGGAUCAUCAACCCCGACGAGACGACCUACGUCCUGAAAUCCAUCCUAAGGCUGGCCGGCAUCGACCUCCUCACGGUGGAACACGGCGACGCGGACAACCACGAAACAACAACGCCACCGACCGCCACCAUGCGGAGGGGUUCGAAUGUGGAUUUCGCUGAACUGGAGCGGCGGACCAACGCGGUAGCCACCAUGGACGUCUUUACGGGGGAACUCAUCACAAAGGGGGUUGGUACCGGUGCUGCCAGUAGCGAUGCAAAGCAAUGAGCCUACCAGCARUCCCAACCAAGCCGUGCGGGAGGAGUAUAUCAGUUUSUGUACGAAUGGUGUGAAGGGAAUCGAAUUGAAUUUSUGUUGAUGGUGAUGUUUCACACUAGCCAAGUGAAUUGAAACCAUUUUCGCUGCGAAACUGUGCAUCGUCGAAACUAUUUUUGACCUUGCGAAGAUCCAUUUGCARUAAUGAAGACGAAUGGAGGAUGAGAAGUAUUUUCUCACUGCACGCAGAUACGAAGCAAAGCAUAAGGAACCAAAAACCAGGCUGAGAGACUAGAAUAAAAUAUUUUUUCUAAUUUUUCUUUUCUAAGACCAAAACAUUUAUCAGGCGAACUAAAUUAUCUCUCUUACG